AUGGUCGAGAGUGCUGCCAAGAAAGCCGGAGAGGCAGCCGGACGCCCCAAGUACAGCGAGAUGGUCGCCGCCGCCAUCAGAGCCUUGAAGGAGCGGAGUGGUUCCUCCCGCCAAGCGAUCCUCAAGUACGUCCUGACCUUCUACGGAGUCGAGGACGAGAAGAAAGCAGGCGUUCAUGUCCGGCUGGCGCUGAAGAAGGGCGUUGCUGGCGGGUCUCUUGUCCAGGUGAAGGGGACGGGGGCCUCUGGCUCUUUCAAGCUGGCCAAGGUGGAAGGCAAGGCGGAGGGAAGGAAACCCGCUGCGAGUAAAGGCGAAGUGAAGAAACCGGUCGCGAAGAAGACCACUGCCAAGAAACCAGCCGACAAAAAGACUUCAGCAAAGAAAAUAUCCGCCAAAAAGAUCCCAGCCAAAAAAGACGUGACGAAGAAAGCCACCAAGAAACCGACAAUCAAGAAAACCUCGCUCAAGCAGCCAGCCACCAAGAAAAUGUCCAAGAAGUCUACAGCUAAGAAAACGGAGAAGAAAUCCACAAAUAAGAAGAUUGGAACAAAGAAACCCAUUUCUAAGACUCUAAAGAAAUCUAUCGCAAAGAACGCUCAAACAAACGUAACAAAGAAACCAGCAUCAAAGAAGGCGACAGCAAAGAAACGGCAUCAAUGA